AUGGACUCAAACCCACAUUACCUCCUUGUGUCAUUGCCCCAGUCUGCAAACUCCCGCUCGACUUUGGAGAAGCAGCCUGGCGGGGGCCCUCAGGUGCUCUCUGAUUUCAAGUUGCCUGACUUCCAAAUUAAAACUUUGGACCAGUUGGUUCAGAUCUCUGAGGAGUUGGCCAAGAUUGACGGCACUUUAGGUGCAGCGGUUGCGAAAGUGGUUGACGUGCUUGCAAACGUGGAUCCUAAUAGACUGUUUGCAGAAACAAGACAGGUGAACAAGAGACCAGUGACAAAUUACGUGGAGUCGUUUUCGUGGAACACAUCCAAGUAUAGAUUGGAUAAGUCGAUAAAGGAGCUUGUGGACCUUAUCUCACAGGAAGCCUUGCUGUUGGAUAACGAUGUCAGACAAGCAUACCAGCAAUAUCAGACUGCCAAAUCGAACUUUGCUGCCGCUGAUAGGAAACGUAACGGUGAUUUGUCGAUUCGCUCCUUGCACGACAUCGUCAAGCCUGAGCAGUUUGUUUUGGACCUGGAGUACUUGACGACUGUUGUUGUUGCCGUACCCAAAUCACUCGUAAGUGAUUUCAAGAAGACAUAUGAGAAGUUGACCGAGUUCGUCAUCCCUAGAAGUGCUCAGAAUAUCGCUGAGGACUCGGAGUACACAUUGUUUACUGUGACAUUGUUUAAGAAGUACCAAAAUGACUUUAUCAACGCUGCAAGAGAGCAAAAAUGGCACCCAAGAACCGAUUUCGUCUACUCAGAAGAGAACUUGAACGAAUUGAGAAAAGAGUUUGACUUGACAAGAGCCACUGAGGCCAAGUCCAAGAACGAUGUGAUCAGAUUGGCCAAGACCGCCUACUCAGAGGUAUUCUCUCUGUGGUUUCACAUCAAGGCGAUCCGCAUAUACGUUGAGAGUGUGUUGAGGUACGGGUUGCCUCCGCAGUUUGACUCCUUCUCCAUCAGAUUCGUGGGCAACAACCCAGAGCAGCAGUUGCAGAAAGCAAAGAAGGAAUUGAUAAGCAAGUUUGGAUACUUGGGAGGUGACGGGUUCUCUGAAUCCAACAACUUGCAUGAGUACGCAUCAUUGGUAGACUCUGACUACGAGCCCUUUGUCUUAUAUUCAGUUGAGAUUGUAUAG